AUGAUGCAUGAGGUGCAACCUCGGUUGAAGAUACCAAGUAGGAAGAAAGUUACCGAGGGGGUGCAAGAGUUAUACAUACUUGAAAAGGCAAAGAUAAUGAGUGUGAUUAGUGAGCAAAGAGUUAGUAUUACAACGAUACUUGGACAUCAAUCCAAAACAAACAUGGUUGUGACAGUUCACUUUAUGGAUAGUGAUUGGAACUUGCACAAAAGAAUAAUUAGCUUCACAAAGAUCAGUAGCCAUAAGAGCAUUGACAUAGGGAAAACCCUAGAUGAAUGUUUGACGAAUUGGGGUAUACACAAGGUGUUCACAAUUACCGUUGAUAAUGCUUCUACCAAUGAUGGAGCGGUUGAGUACAUGGCACAAAGCCUAAAUGCAAUGAAUACCUUAAGGUUGGAUAGGAAGUACUUGCACUUGGAGGAGCUUUGA